UUUUUUCUACACACUUCCGCAAAUAAACGCCGCAGCAGGCGAGUGAGUGGGAGUUGCAGGUCCAGCUGCGGCUGAAACGCGGACGCCGACCCGCAGCCGACCAUGCGUCAUGGUGAAGCCGUCAACCAGAACCGCUGCCGACACCACGGACGAACCUAUCUACCAGUGACUGCAGCACUGGCAGCCUUGCCUGUCCAAACUCUCCCCCUGUCCCUUGUCCUGGCUUUGGACUGAGGUUUCAUUGCUCAGUCCCAGCAUCCUCACCACAGUCUCAUCAUGGUGGAUGUAACCAAAUGGCCUUUGUUCAGCCUGAUGGGGCCCCAGGAGCUCUCUGCAAUACGUAAGGCAUGCGUGUUUGGAACAUCAGCUAAUGAGGCCAUCUACAUCACCAGUGAUGAUGAGGUUUACGUGUUUGGGCUGAACUGCAGUAACUGCCUGGGAACAGGAGACAGUCAGAGCACCAUUGUACCUAAGAAACUGGACUUCCUGAGUGGGAGGAAAGUGGUUAGCCUCAGUUAUGGCAGUGGACCCCACAUCCUUCUGGCCACAGAGGACGGAGAGCUAUUUGCCUGGGGCCAUAACGGCUACAGCCAACUGGGAAAUGGGACAACCAACCAAGGAGUAGCUCCAGUGCUCGUGUCUGCCAACCUGCUCAAUAAGAAGGUCAUAGAGGUAGCCUGUGGCUCAUACCACUCUAUGGCGCUGACUGACUCAGGAGAAGUGUAUGCAUGGGGCUAUAACAACUGUGGUCAAGUGGGCUCCGGCUCCACAGCAAACCAGCCCACACCACGUCGCGUGUCCAGCUGCCUGCAGAGCAAGGUGGCUGUGAGCAUUGUUUGUGGUCAGACGUCAUCUCUGGCAGUGGUGGACAAUGGAGAGGUGUACGGUUGGGGCUAUAAUGGGAAUGGACAACUUGGAGUUGGAAAUAAUGGGAACCAGCUCACUCCCUGUCGACUGAUGGCUCUGCAGGGUGUGUGUGUUCAACAGAUUGUGUCAGGCUAUGCCCACUCACUGGCACUGACGGAUGAGGGUUUGCUCUAUGCCUGGGGCGCCAACACAUAUGGACAACUCGGCACCGGCAACAAGAACAACCAGCUGAGCCCAGUCCAGAUCAUGACUGAGAAAGAGAGGAUUGUAGAGGUUGCUGCCUGUCACUCCACGCACACGUCAGUGGCUAAGACCCAGAGCGGUCAGGUGUACAUGUGGGGCCAGUGCCGGGGCCAGUCCAUUGUGUUGCCUCACCUAACGCAUUUUACCUGCACCGAUGAUGUAUUUGCAUGCUUUGCCACACCGUCAGUUAUGUGGAGGCUUCUUUCCAUGGAGUAUGAUGACUUCUUGACUGUGGCUCAGUCUCUAAAGAAGGAGUUUGACAACCCAGAGACAGCUGACCUCAAGUUCUGCGUUGAUGGCAAAUAUAUUUAUGUGCACAAAGCACUUCUCAAAAUCAGGUGUGAACACUUCAGGUCCAUGUUUCAGUCCCACUGGAAUGAAGACGUGAAGGAAGUGAUAGAAAUAGACCAGUUCUCAUACCCAGUCUAUCGCUCCUUCCUGGAGUUCCUCUACACGGACAACGUGGAGUUGCCUCCUGAAGAUGCCAUUGGGCUGCUGGAUCUGGCCACAUCAUACUGCGAGAACCGCCUGAAGCGACUAUGUCAGCACAUUAUCAAGAGGGGAAUCACGGUUGAAAAUGCCUUCUCCCUGUUGUCGGCUGCUGUGCGCUACGAUGCAGAGGAUUUGGAAGAGUUCUGCUUUAAAUUCUGCAUCAAUCACCUGACACAGGUGACCCAGACCACCGCUUUCUGGCAGAUCGAUGGUAACCUGCUCAAAGACUUCAUUUGUCGGGCCAGUCGCUGUGGAGCCUUCAAAAACUGACCUUGGCUCGACGCAAUGAUGGGAAGAAACGUGGAGGAUGCUGUGGCACGCUUCAUGGGACGGCGUGAACCUCCUCGGAUCCAUGUACCUCUACUGACAGGUGGAAGUCUUUAAAUCUCUGUCUGCACCACUGUCAUUCCAAACUAGAAGCAGUGUAACCAUUACAUAAGCUGUGCUUAUAUAACUGAAAAGGCAGAAGCUUUGCAUUGUUUGCCACAGUGCCUGACUGCCUUUUAUUUACACACUGUGUAAAGACCAACACUAUGGAUUGAGUUGUUGUUUAACUUAAGAGAUUCUUGCCAGUUGCCUCAUUUAGCUUUUUCACUUAUAACUGACCAAGUUGCAUCUUUAGUAUUUGCACUUAUGUAGUUUUUCUCUGAAAGACCAUGAUCUGGAUCUGCUGUCAGGCUGAACUGUGAGACUCUUAGCACUUCUAAGCGUUAGCACAGGGUAUGGAUUUUAAAACACUCGCAACAAAACAGGUUCAGGGCUUCUAAGAGUGGACAAAGUCUUUUUAGAUCAGGGCGUAACUGUGAUGCUAAGAGUGAUCUUUUCUUUUUUUUUUCAGGCUGUAUAAUAAACCCAUAGAUGGGUCCUCAGGUUAAAAGUAAGACUUAGAACAGUGAGGUUCAGUCUAAACUUAUACUUUAUUAUUUGUAAAUUCUGUAGGUUGGAAAUUGUCUUUUGUGCAGCUACAUCUUAUUAAAAAUAGCUUCCUUAGUUUGUUUGCUCUUAUUGCACAGAUCAGUUAAGUUUGUGAUAACUGACCGUUAAACCUCCGGAUUUCAGCUAAGACAUGUUUAGAGACAUUAAGAAUUAGGCUGUGAAGCAUCUUGGGGAGAGUGGUGUCAACCUGGUGUUACUUCAUUUUAUAGACAAGGUCAUAUUAUGUAUUUUAGAGUAUUAAAGUUGUUUAGUGCUUAAUUGCUGCAGAGCAUUUUAAACAUUUUCUCAAUUUUGAUUGAUGACUUCGAAAUAAUUAUGUCUAAUAAUUUACUGAUACUGAAUAUUUUUAAAAUCCCAGUUAAUUUUGUAACACAAAUAAACACACAAUGUGACAAAUAGCUUUGACAUUUCUUUGAUCAACAGUUUAGGGAACAAAUUCAUUUCACAAUGUUUUACAGAAAAUGGACAUAAAUUGAUUGAAAACAGAAGGGCGUAAAUGAGAUUAGGAUUCCAUAUAAAACAAGUUAAAUUUCCAAUUUUUUGUGUAAACUGCUUUUUGAAAUGUCUACACCUUCUACUAAAAUUACUGAAUCCUAUGCGGGUUCACACGGGGAUGGAGCCUAUACCAGCAGGCUGAGGCUGAGAGGCAGGAUACACCCUGAACAGGUCGUCACAGACAAACCCACGCAUGCACACAUACAUUCACACCUACUGAAAAGUAGCCAAACAACCUCUCUACACCUACGCCAUUAAAAUCUCUAUACUGCAGUAUUACAUUAUUUACAGUAUUAUGAUUUAUAAAAAACAAGACAAAAAGGUAAAACCUAUGACAGACAAGGUGAUGUUAACAGAAAUCCAUGUUAAGGCUUAAAUUGUCCCUUUAGCGCUGAGACGACAUUGUUCAUAGCUUCUCCUGCCUUUUUCAGCUCAGUCUGUUUCCUUUGCAACUCUGUGAAAACAUGUCUCAUUCAUUUAAUUGUGACAAAAAGUUGGUCAAAUGUACUGCUGUACUUUUUCAGGUCACUAAUGACUGCAGAUUAAAUAUUUUCUGGUCCUAGUAUCUACUAAGCUGUAAACUAAUAAUGAAGGAACAUCAUGUGGUUGAGUGUGUUUACCUUCCCGCUGUUUGUCCACAAGAUGUGCCAGCUUUCCAGAAUCUGCAAUUACCUUUAGUGCAAGAUCAUAAUCUGUGGAAAGCAACAGCUUGAAUAAGACAGAGAUCCAGCAGGAACCCGUGAGUGUUGUGUAUCUUCUCUUACCCUCCUGACUGGCCUGGUCUGACUCAAUCCUCCUGGAGAUUUUAUUCAUCUCAUGAAGGAAAUCCGUAAAGAUGGCCUGUGUACAACCUGCUGAGUUGCAGCUUUUCCAGAAACUGACAGAGUCGAUGCUGGAUGCUAAAGAAUGGACCGGAAGGGAAGGGAUGUCUGUAUUCAAUGUGACUUGGGGAUUCAGGAUACUUGGAGAGGGAGGGGGCUCAGUGGAGGGUCCAACGUGGUGCUGAUCAGGACUUUGGACAAGGUUCUGCUGAGGACUGCUCCCUAAGAAGAGACACAGCUCCAUGUAUGCUCACACUGCAGUAAAAUUUGUUUCAAUACAGAAAGACAGGUCACAGCUGAGAGUAUGACCUGUAGGGAUGUCAGUUAUUUACAACCUCUUCCCUGUUAAAAAGAAAAUGAUUUGUUGAACUAUUUAUCUCCCUUCUACCAUGAACUACACAUAAGCAGUGAACUGCCACUACAGCUGCUGGAUGAAGUUCUGACCAUUGGACGUCAUGUUUAGUAAACAGCAACUGUACUGAUGUGAUUCCUUAACUUGUAGCUCUGUUAUCAGGUCAAAUUUUAAUUUGUCUUGUUCUUUUGUUGAUGACACCCAUGUUUGCUUUGCACACAGUAUUCAUGAUGAGAUAUAUUGAUAAUGCUUUAAUUAUGCAUUACUUAUUUGCUGCCAUAAUAAGAGUAGAAAUAUUUUGCUGUACCUUGAUCUUUCUCAUCUUCUACUUUAAUCACAUUUGGUGCCAUCGGAGACGACUGUUUAUCCCUUGUUACUGGAGAUGACCGAGGUUCUGGAUGAAGCAGACUCUCUGAUUCAUCCUAAGAAAAAAAAUAGAAAACCUCUCACAUAUUACUAGACAUGCUCAGUGACAAGACAAAGUGAACUAUUUAGUGUCCUGGAAUGUCACAAAUAUCAACAAGCACAAUAUUUCUGAGCUGAUGAGACAGUGUUAUUGAUAAUGAUACAAUAUUCAACAACUCACAGAAUAAAGGAGUGUUUCAUCA